CUGUGCUGUGGUUGUGCUUGGUGAAAUUUUCUGUAGUGCCUUUAACGGAUUUAAAAAAAAAACGGUGAGACGAUGAAGAACAGGAUAUGUUUUUUCGUAAUUCUUGCAAGCGCAGCAACAGUUACCUGUAUUCCACCUCCACACCCAGCUGUUGUGGCAGUUCGACAUGCAGAAGAACUUCUUCCACCACAGCAAAGAAGUCCAGCUCUGCGUAAUCCACAUCUGCUCCAUGCUUUACAGUUGACUAGUCUCCUCCAUCAUGGAGAAACUCCGGUAUUUGAACGCGAGGCAGACAGCGUGCCCCGUCGAGAGAUCUACAAUAUCCUAACUCAUGCUGGUUUCAUCGGCCGCCAGCACCUCAGGAAUCAAUCGCCGGCCAAACAUUCAGUUCAUCCACAUGCUUACCCUCCCAGCCAUGAGUCGCCAUUUGUGUUUAAUUCGGAUGCUUUGCAGUAUUUGUGA